AUGACAAAGUUUGAGUUAACUACUAAAAUUAAAGAUACAAUAUUAAAAUCAAAUGGUGAUUCAGAAUAUAAAACAAAAUUGUUAUCCGACUCAUAUAUUAGUCAUGUAAAGUUAAUGGAUUUUUAUAAAAAAUGUAAACCAACUGAUUCGUUGCUAGAUUUAAUUAAACAAUCAAAAUUAUGUAUUGAACCAUACAAGGUUGAAGUGCGACCAAAAUCAAAACAAUUUAUUAAACAAAUGGAAAGAUUAAGACUAGAAGAAAAAGAGCGAGAGUAUAAAAGGUUAAUUAAUCCACCACCCGAAUAUAAUACGUUGUAUGAAUUAAAACUAGAAGAUGAAUUAAUAACACCACAACAAGCUCAUAAAGAAUUGAAAAAUCAAUUGACCACUAUAGUUAAUAUCAUGGUUAGUGUUGGUAGUGUUUCAUAUGCUAUUUGGUAUUGGACCAAAUCAUCAUGGGGUUUAAAAGAAAGUUCUCGAGUUUUAGUAACAAUAUUUUUUGGUUUAUUAAUAUUAAUAGCUGAAGUUGUUGUUUACUUGGGUUAUAUAAAUAAGAUUGAAGAUGCCAGAACUAAGGAAAGAAAGAAAAAAGAAAUCAAGAAAGUUUUACGUAGUAUUGAUUUAACAAAUUAA